AAUUUUUUGACUCCUAAUGUGUAACCACUACAAAUGGUCUAAUAGCCUGGGUUUUCAGAGUAUAAUUCUUUAAAACUUCAGUUUGUGCAUGGUUUUCUUUCCCAGCAGCAUUGACCACAUCUCCGGGUGUUUGGGGAGCACUUCCAGCAAUUACUACCCCUUUAGCUUUCUGCCCAGCAUUCUUGGAGCCCAAAAUCAAAGGCUCAUCCUCAGUUACAGCAGCAAGAGGGGCCACAGGAGGUUGUUCACGAGCAUUCCCAGAGUUUUCACUGCCGAGGUAAGUUCAGGGAACUCCUCCCCUGCUCCAUCCAGCAGCGCAAACGAGGACCUGGUAGUUCGCGAAGUUGAGGAUGCGCCAUUGACUUUCUUCCUCGCCAUACCUGCGCACUACGGACGUCGCGGACAGAGGUGAGCCUGAAUUCGUCUGAGCUUCAACUACCCCCAGCCUCCACAGAUUUAGGGCGCUUCUCCACAGUACUAAUAAAACCCCAAACAACACUCAAAAAUCCAGAUACAAGCAACAGAUUGUAAAGAAGUUCAAAAACGACAUGAACAAAGGUGAUUCGACUCACCCCGAAUGCGAAGUGAAUGAGAUUGAUAAUGUCGAUUCUGAGGAAGAUGAUGAAUAUCCUGAAUCUGACGGCGAGGAAGAUGACGAACAUCCUGAAUCUGACGACGAGGAAGGAGUUGGUUCUAACAUGUUUGAAGAAAGACCCGUUUAUUCUCCUGAAAGUUUGCAGCGUCGUAUUUCCUGCUUCAUACUUACCCAAAACGUAACUCCUCAUAUCGUGAAAAACAAGGAUUUCAGAGACAUGAUGACAUCACAAUUUCCUUCUUUGACAUUGGACCAUGAGACCACCAUGAAGCAUUGCUUGACCCUUUUUGAAGAAUCAAAGACUGAAGUUAGGCGCUUUUUGAACAGCAUGGGCCGGCUCAUUUGUCUUUCGGUUGAUGUGUUAACUCGCUACAGUCGAAUUGAUGUUGGCCCUGAUUUCAUUUGUUUAUCGGCAAGCUUCAUUGACAAUGAGUGGAAGUUGAGAAAAUGGAUUCUCCGUUUUAAGAAGUACGGUAAUGAUGACUUUGAUCAGUUUGUAGUGAAAGCCUUAGAUGACUGGAAUCUGAAUGAUGAUAAGGUGUAUACUUUGACGUCUCGGAAAGUUGAUGCACCCGGAGAUUAUAUCCAAUCGACUAAGUCCAAGCUUGAGGGGAAGAACAGAUUGCCUUACCAUUCCCGUAUAUUUUCUGUGAGGUGUUGUGCAGAGAUGUUUGGUUUAAUGGCUGAAGACGCAUUUGGCGAAAUAUCUGAUAUCAUUAGGAUGAUAGAAGAGCUGAGCUGGCCAAAAUCAGAAUGCAUGUGGCACCUAACGAACUCCAAACUGAAAAAUGCUUUGGAAUUGGAAGCUCUUGGAGAGUUCAACUCCGAAUUAGUAACUAAAAACUAUUCUGUUCCAUCUGCUGAACAGUGGGAGAAAGUUCGCAUUGUCUAUAAACUUGUCGAACUCGUGCAUGAUGUGGCAAAGAAGAUAUUUGAGGUUAAAAAUUCAACUGCUAAUUUAUUUCUGUAUAAUUUUCCACAGCUUCGCGCAAGUUUGGUUCUUGAAGCAAGUAGUCCAGACGCUUUCACUCUCAAACUUGCAAAGAAAAUGCUAAAGAGGUUUGAUAAGUACAUAAAGAAGAAUUACCUGGUCUUGGCCAUCGCCUCCGUGAUGGACCCACGUUGCAAAAUGCAAUUCAUAGAGGAUGUUUCAGCAAAACUUGAAGGUAUAGAUGGAUUACCUCAAGCCAGUGCUGUUUUGGAGACGGUCAGAAGUAUUUAUGAACAUAAUGAAGCUGUUAAAGUCAAUGAGGAGACAGUGAAGUCGGAUUUGGAUUUGUAUCUAGAGGACCCUGUCUUGCCACAGGAAGAGAAAUUCAAUGUCUUAAAAUGGUGGGAAUCGGAAGGAGUUCUGAAGUAUCCAAACACGUCUGAAGUUGCCCGUGAAGUUCUUGCUAUUCCGAUGUCAGUUGCAAGUUCGUUCAAUGCAUACUAUUACUUGGAGAACAGACCCCCACCAGAUGUAUCCAUAACCACUUCUGGGUCUCAGUUAAUGAAUGCUGUGGCGUGUUGCAGAAGUUGGAGGCCUGAGAAACGUCUGUCUGCUUUCGAAAUCAAGUUCCUCUUUCACUCCGCUGGUGUUAAUAUUUUCUAAGCUAUUUAUUCCUAAGCUGUUUGGGUCAUCUCUUUUGAAACUUUCUGGAUCCUUUUUGUUUUUGAUAUUAUAUCCAGGUUCUUGUUGAAUGGCUCACCUAGCUGCUGCUGUUGCUAACUUUUGAUUUGGCUUUUCGUCUACCUCUUGUUUAUCUCUGUAAUUUCCCGAAUUCUGAAAACAAUAUCCUUUGUGACUUUGUGCCUUUUGAUCUUAUGCUGCAAUUACGCUUUUC